AUGUCCAAUCCAAACCUGGCUUAUCCGGCCGUAGGGGCCCUGGGCGUCAAAUUGCCUCCGUUCUGGCCUCGGGACCCGAUCGUUUGGUUUCUGCAGGCCGAAUCUCAGUUCUCCAUCCGCGGUAUAACUCAGGAGGAAACGAAAUAUCAUCACCUUGUGGCCAGUCUCGAUCAAGACACGGCGUGCCGCGUGGUGGCGACCUUGCAAUCCCCACCGGUGGACCAGCCUUACUCCAAGCUUAAAGAGCAGCUCGUCAAAACUUUCUCUUUGUCCGAACACGAACGUGCCCAACGCCUCCUCCAUCUACCUCCACUUGGGGACUGA